UUGGAGCCUUUAAGAGAAAAGUUUCCCCCUUUCACUGUAACGAACAUCUUCUGCUGCUAUACAAGGAGCGCGUUUGAUGAGGGUGUGAUAAAGAUUUCUCUGGAGUGGGGGUAGUGAUGGAUGAGGAGAGAAGGGUGCUCUGCCCAGAGAACCAAGGAUUAGCGGAUCAUGUGUUGCAGAAGAAGCGAGAGUACGCAGAUAAGCCCAAGGGUCUGUCCGAGAACCUGGAGAGGACAUUUAUCAAGGCGUAUCGAAAUGUGUGCGACUCCAAGGAUCCCAUUACCACACUCAAAGACUUAUCCCACAUAAAGGGCUUUGGCAAGUGGAUGCUUAAGAUGACGAAAGGAUAUUUUGAUAAUGGAGCUGAAACUUCUGAACAAGAAGAUUUACCUGAAAACUGUGCUGGGAACAAGGCUAAGGCAAAAAAACGGUACACUCCGCAAAGAAACUCUGUGUCUUAUGCAUUACUAAUAACGUUGCACAGAGAGACAGCGAAUGGAAAGGAGUUCAUGCGCAAAGCAGAGCUUAUUGAUGCUGCUGAAGCAAGUGGGCUCUCACACGCUCCUGUUGGUCCAGAGAAAGGAAAAGGGAAAGCAGGACUUGGAAACUCUAAGAGGGAGUGGUAUAGUGGAUGGAGCUGCAUGACUACUCUUAUACACAAGGGUUUAGUGGUCAAAUCUAGCAACCCUGCAAAGUACAUGCUGACAGAUGAAGGUCGGGAAGUAGCAAAUGAUUGUAUCACACGAUCUGGAUUACCUACACUUGACAUCUUAUCAGAUGAUGAUAAUGAAACAGCUAAUGAAAAUUUCAUCUCCUCUUGUACCAUUAGAGAACAACAAACAGCCAUUCCUAGUGAUAUUCUUGAAAAGUUUACACCGUUUGGGUAUUCUAAGGAACAAGUCGUUGUUGCAUUCAGAGAAGUUUCAGAUGGAUCUCAGGACAAAGAUCCAUCAACUCUCUGGUUAUCUGUAAUGUGCCAUCUUCGUCAAGCAGAAGUUUAUAAUCCCUGUCCGGACUCUCGAAACAGAAGGAAAUAUUCACCAGGACCUUCUAGACCGCAAAAUUGUCAAGUUGAUCUGGAGGGAACUCAGGCUAAGAAGUCCCGCUCUAGCAAUGAUGGAUACACCUUAAAACCAUCUGGUCCAACGCAAACCUGCUCAUCUUCUCUGCCUUCAGCUACUAAUAUCCCAUGCCUUCCUCCUCUUACAUUUGGAGAAGCAUUUGAGGAAGCUUAUCAAGUGAUCUUGAUACUCGAUGACCGGGAACAGUUUGCCACUAAGGGAUCACGAUCCAGGAAAAUAGUUGAUUACAUAUGCUCUGAAUUCAAGAUCAAGAUUGAGGUUAGAAGAUUACCAGUAGGGGACUGUAUCUGGAUCGCCAGGCACAAGUGCCUUGGUACUGAGUAUGUUCUGGACUUCAUUGUUGAGAGGAAGAACAUUGAUGAUUUGCGCUCCUCAAUCAGAGACAAUCGCUAUAGAGACCAAAAGCUUAGACUUCAGAGAUCUGGAUUCAAGAAGCUGAUAUACGUCGUGGAAGGGGAUCCAAACCAGUCUGAUGCAGCAGAAAGCAUCAAAACAGCUUGUUUCACAACGGAGAUUCUGGAGGGGUUUGAUGUGUUGAGGACAAGCGGGCUUGGUGAGACGCUGAGAAAAUAUGGUCAUCUCACUAAAUCAAUACACCAGUACUACAAGUCGCUGGUGAAUGAUGAUGAUGGCCAGAACAAAGCGGCGUCGUAUCCUUGUUUUGAUGGUUUUGUGAAAAGGUGUCAAGAUCUUGAUAAAAUGACGAUCAGCGAUGUGUUUGCCAUUCAGCUUAUGCAGGUUCCGCAGGUAACUGAGGAAAUAGCCAUAGCUGUUCUUGACAUGUACCCAACACUUGUAUCUCUUGCUUCUUCCUAUUCUCAACUAGACGGGAAUGUGUCAGCACAAGAAGAGAUGUUGAGAAACAGGAGCAACAGUGUGAUUUCUGCAACUGCUAGUAAGAAUAUAUUCAAGCUAGUUUGGGCUGAGUGACGUCGCCAUUUGUGUCUUUGUGGUACUGUGUAACUAGCUAGUAAGAGUGUAAACUAAAUUGCUCUUUUAGAAUUUUAACAGUGGUUAAUAAACCGCUUUAGCCAUUGACUUAUUUGUAAACUAGGUUACUUGUUAGACACGAUUGAAUAUUAAGUUUCAAAAAGACAUACAUACAUAGGUCACGUCGAAUG